UAGGGGAGGCUGCAGGGAAGGUAGGAGGAUUUACAUAGGGGUGGUAAUCGGUCGGUUAACUGGUUACCGACUAACCGGUUAUACCGGUUUCCCCCAAUAUGCUGCCGACUACCGAUACCGGAAGAAAACCGGUUAACCGGAUAACCAAAUAAUCGGUUAUCGGUUAGCCGAUUACUACCUAACAAAUAAAUCCCUAAUAUUUGUCUCUCCGCUCCUCACGACUCAUGCAGCCCACCAAAUCAAAAUGCUUACCCUCUCGGAAACCAUUCAAUUCCAAAACACCUUCUUCGACGACCACGACUUCGCAAAGCAAAUACAAAGCGGCCAACGCAUGGCGGCGACAAUGGUUCCUCAACGCGUGGCGGUGACUGAAGAAAACAACGGUGGCUUGAUGGUCGUCGAUGCGAUGGCUCGACACUAUCUGGAUUUUGGUGAGAAAGUCGCGACGGCGGCGUUGGGAGGAACUGGUCGACGACGAGUGAGAUAGCGACGGCGAUGGUAGGUCCGACUUCUGCUAUGUGCCCAAAUCUCUUUCCCGGCGACGGCGAUUUUAUCUUUGCCUAGAUAGCGGCAGCGAUGGUAGGAGACAAACCUCUGUCAUUCCCUUUCCCGGCGAGUUCAUCUUUGCUCAGAUCCAUUCACCCCGCAUCGUCGUAGGUCCGACUUCUUCUAUGUGCUUGAUUGGGGUUUGACGGUUGAUUUGCAUUUUACUCAUCAGGUGCGAAUUGAUUGGGGAUUUGGGGUUGCUCUCUGGAUUUUGCAGAUUUGGAGAGGCAGAGUAAUGGCUUUUGGAAAGAUUUUAUUUUAUCAGCCAGUCGCAAUUGGGUUUCUCAGCCCUUGCUCUCCGAAGAUGACGGUGGACUUGCGGGAGAGAGGCGACAUCCAGAAACCUUUCUUCUCUAGAUCGAUGAAGGCGAUAAGGUCGGAGAGAAGAGAAUGGCUCGCAUGCAGGGGAAGGGAAUCGGUAUAUUCGGUAUACCGAUUUGCCGCCGGUUAUUUACCGGAUGGGAGUCGGUACACCGAUAGGUGGAUUUUGACUACCACAUACCGAUACCGCCGGUUACCGGUUAUACCGUUAACAGGCAAACCAAUUACCACCCCUAGAUUUACAUAUCUCCAAAUUGCUAUUUUUGUGUGUGAAUUGCCUUUGAUUAGAUAUGGGUGCUUUGUUUCCUUUUGGAACCUUUAGCUGCAGACAGGAGGGUGGACAGUGUAGCCACAGUGGUGAUUGUCGAAAGCAAGGACUUCAAUAAGAAACUUAAGCUUGGAAAAAUGGUUAUGUAGGGUCGGACAACACCUUGACAAUCCAUUAGGUAUUUAACCCCUUCAACUUAGAUUGCAGUUCCUCUAACAACUUAAGUACUAAAUAAAUUAGACACUGCUUGGUGUCCUGCUAUGUAAUGACACAUUUUGUCGUUGAUCUUGCAAGAAUGAAGUGCCAAAAUCAUUGAACAUUCCUUUCAGUUAUAGCCAUUCAGUUCUAUGAACUAAACUUGCAUAAAUUGGUAGUUUCUUUUUUAAGGUUAUGAUUUUGAGACUCUGGACAUACAUUGCAUGUUCAGUUUUAGUUAUAUAAUAAGUCUUACAUCUUUGAUGAUUACUUGAUACGAGAAUGGUUUUUAUUGUUGUACAUUUAAACAAAUUAGAGGUUUGCUAGGUCCGUGUUGUUUCUCUCAGGUUUUCUUUUCCUUUUCCGCUGCUCUAAGACUGGAGCCUGAACUUCAAGACUGAAGUCUCUACUCUCUUAUCUGUUAAAUAGGGGCGGUGGGAGUCCUCUGUCACUAGUAUUUGGAGGUGGGUAUAUCAAAUUCUCAAAUGACUUUGUACCUAAAUUGUCGUCUGACUUGCUUAAUUUAGAAGGAACUAAUGACAGAUUGUAAAAACCCAGCAUUAUUGGUUUACCAUACUUUGUAGAGAUUUGGAGAAGCAAAGCAAGCAACCAUCGAUAGUCUCCUGCAUGGAGAGGGUCAAGGAGAUUACGAAAAACAGAUGGAAACAAGAUGGUUCAUGGAGCGGAUAUUAAAAGAGACUACGGAAUUGCAGCUGGAGAGCAACUCCAUUGAACAACGCAGUCCUAUUCAACAUGAAAAGCCUUUUCAGUUGACAGUCAGAUCAAGUGAUGGGAGUAGAAGCUUGAUUUGAUGUGAAGUGUCAUCUUGGAUAGUCAUAGUCAAUGGAUAUAUUGUUGGGGAUUACAGGUGGUGGCUCCUUACAGAUGAAGUUAUCGUAGGUGGCACUUUUCAGCUUUGGCACGGGUGAUUCUACUUAGCUUACUAUGAAGUGUGAUCUUGCCAUUGUAGAUUAGAUAGUGAACUGUAAAUAAUUUUAUAAUUACAGG